AUGCAUCCGGACGACCCUCGAACCUCCAAUGUCAUCGGAUCCAGCUCAACAGACGCCCAACCCGUACCCCUCGCACCGACCUUCAGUUUGACCCCUUCUGACGCCACGACUGCGCUCGACGAACAGAAACAGGAACAACCCAAAUAUCCUGGAUCACCACCACCACCCCCAAUUCAAACACCCGAUAACGACAAAAAAGCCAGCCAAAAUGUUGCUGUCCGGUUUCUCCUCGCCGUACGAGACGUCCUUCUCUCGAGCUAUGUCAACAUCUUGCUGGUGUUCGUGCCCGUGGGAAUGGCUGCGCACACGGCGAAGCUUCCAUCUGGGGUUGUAUUCGGUAUGAAUGCGGUGGCCAUUAUGCCGCUAGCACGGUUGCUCAGUUAUGCAACGGAGAGCCUGGCAAAUGGGUUUGGCGAUGCCGUGGGCGCGCUGAUGAGUGUGACUUUUGGUAACGCCGUGGAGCUGAUUAUCUUUAUUAUCGCGCUCUCGAAAAACCAUAUCCGCAUCGUGCAAGCGUCUCUCGUCGGAUCCAUCUUGGUCAACCUACUUCUCGUUCUGGGCAUGUCCUUUCUCCUCGGGGGUCUUCGGUUCCGAGAACAAGUCUACAACAGCACGGUGACACAGAUGAGCGCGUGUCUCCUCGCUCUGAGCGUGACGAGUUUGCUCCUGCCCACAGCGUUCCAUUUGUCGUUUAGCAGCGAGAAGACGGCCGACUACAGGGUGCUGCAGGUCAGCCGUGGGACGAGCGUGAUUGUCUUGAUGGUGUACUUCUUGUACCUGAUUUUCCAGCUCAAGUCGCACUCGUACAUUUACGAAGCCACGCCGCAAGAAAUCAUCGAGCGUGAAACUGUUCCGGGGCCGGCGGCGCAUUACUUUGAGUCUUCAACAUCCGGAUCUGAGUCCUCUGACUCAGAAUCUGAUGGGUCAAACGGUGCAUCCAGAAGAAGACGGAGGCGCAUCGCGAGGAGACGCAAAAACAGAGGGCCGUUAAGCAGGAAAUACACUGGAGAAACGCAAUCUAGCUCGGCAACGGUUAUUGCAACGCCUACAAUGUCGUCAACGUUGGGGGGAAAUUCCAUGACAGACGAUGACGAGCUGUUGUCCAUGGGUCAUGGAACUGAUGAUGAAAAGGGGGUAACGGUGCCGUCUGACAGGAGGAGGAAUAGGAACUCGAGGCACGCACCCAGACGAAGCCAACAACAUACAGAAUCCGAACGCUCUCGAAAUCUUGAUGGGCGGUCUCGGCCGCUAUCCACUGGACACCGAGUAGAUGCAAUGAGUCCGCGGCCCAUCACUCACUCCGACCUCGAAGCUCAGCAGGAGCCGGCGCAUCGAGAUCCACUGUUUUUUCUACCGCGCCGUACCUCCACCAGAACUUCUCGACCGACAACUGCGAAUCGUUCGAACAACAACAAAGACAACCCAAACCCCAACCACCCCUCCCGCACCACCGCCAUCCUCCUCCUCCUCGUCUGCACCGCCCUAGUAGCCAUCCACGCCGAAUUCAUGGUCUCCUCCAUCGCCUCACUCGUAGCCACAGACCGGGGUCUCUCCGAAGCCUUCAUCGGGCUCAUCCUACUGCCGAUAGUCGGCAACGCAGCCGAGCACGUCACAGCAGUCGGCAUGGCGCUGCGCAAUAAGCUGGACCUGGCGAUUGGUGUGGCGGUGGGCAGCAGCGUGCAGAUGGCGUUGUUUGUGACGCCGGCGGUGGUGGUGUUGGGGUGGGGAUGGGGGAAGGAGAUGGGGUUGUUUUUUACGUUGUUUGAGACGGUGUGUGUGUUUGUGAGCGCGUUUAUUGUGAAUUUUUUGGUGUUGGAUGGGAGGAGUAAUUAUUUGGAGGGGGCGUUGUUGUGUUCGGCGUAUGUGAUUGUGGCGGUGGCCGCGUUUUUUUAUCCGGAUGGGAGGGCGGCGAGUGAGUUGGGGGGAGGGCCUUGA